UAUAUCUUCUGUUUUCAUAGCUGUGAAGAAACACAGAGCAUAGAAUGCUGGCCGGGUUAUUACAGUUGGAAAAGCAUAUUAGGCCUCAUUUAGCAAAAUUUAGGAGGACUAUGUCAAAUAAGUGAGUGGCAAUAUAUCUUCAUCAGUGACAUGGAAGGUAGGACUUCCAUUGUUGCAGUUGCUUUAUGCAGCUUCAUUGCACUGGUUUUUCUGCAAAAUGUUGGAGCUUCUGAGGAUGAAGAACGACUGGUCAGAGAUUUAUUCAGAGGCUACAACAAGCUCAUCAGACCAGUUGAGAACAUGACACAGAAGGUGGAAGUCAGGUUUGGCUUGGCCUUUGUUCAGCUCAUCAAUGUUAAUGAGAAGAAUCAAAUCAUGAAGUCAAAUGUGUGGCUUCGUCUGGUUUGGAAUGACUAUCAGCUCAGGUGGGAUGAGGCAGACUAUGGAGGCAUUGGAGUGCUCAGAUUGCCUCCAGACAAGGUUUGGAAACCUGAUAUUGUCCUCUUCAACAAUGCUGAUGGAAAUUAUGAAGUAAGGUACAAAAGCAAUGUACUGAUUUUUCCUCAUGGGGAAGUUCUUUGGGUACCACCUGCAAUUUACCAAAGCUCUUGCAAAAUAGAUGUCACAUACUUCCCAUUUGAUCAGCAAACAUGCCUGAUGAAAUUUGGCUCAUGGACAUUCAAUGGGGAUCAAGUGUCACUGCAGCUGUACAAUGACAAGGACUUUGUUGACCUGUCUGACUACUGGAAAUCUGGAACAUGGGAUAUUAUUGAAGUGCCAGCUUACCUGAAUGUUUACAACAAUACCAGUCCCACAGAAACUGACAUUACCUUUUUCAUCACGAUAAGACGCAAGACCUUGUUUUAUACAGUUAAUUUAAUUUUACCCACUGUUUUGAUCUCUUUUCUAUGUGUACUUGUGUUUUACUUACCUGCUGAAGCAGGAGAAAAGGUCACCCUUGGGAUUUCCAUUUUACUUUCACUGGUUGUGUUCUUGCUGUUGGUCUCAAAAAUCCUGCCUCCCACUUCUCUUGUCCUGCCCCUCAUUGCCAAAUACUUGUUGUUCACCUUCAUCAUGAACACAGUGUCAAUCUUGGUAACUGUAAUCAUCAUCAACUGGAACUUCAGAGGGCCAAGAACACAUAGGAUGCCAACAUGGAUAAGGGUUGUUUUCUUGAAAUAUCUUCCUUUGUUGCUGGUGAUGAGAAGACCAAAGAAGACUAGGCUGAGAUGGAUGAUGGAGGUUCCUGGGGGAGGUGGAGUGCCUGCUUAUGGAGCAGGAUCCCCUGUGCUGGGAAAACCUCCUUCAGGAGGGUUUGGGAAAACCAAGGUGGAGCUAAUGGAGCUGUCUGACAUCCAUCACCCCAAUUGCAAGAUCAAUCAGGGAAGAAUGCCUCUGGGAGAUGAACUGCCCUUUCCACCACCUCCACCUCCAUUAGGAAGAGCAGACUCAGACAGUUCUGACUCUCUUUUCAUGACACCAGAGGCUUACAAGGCUACUGAAGCAGUGGAAUUCAUUGCUGAGCACCUGAGAAAUGAGGAUGAAUACAUUCAGAUAAGAGAGGACUGGAAAUAUGUGGCCAUGAUCAUUGACAGACUCCAGCUGUACAUCUUUUUUGCUGUUACAACAUCAGGAACAGUGGGAAUAUUGAUGGAUGCUCCUCACAUCUUUGAGUAUGUUGACCAAGACAAGAUCAUUGACAAGUACAGAGGAAAGUAGUGGAUCUAUUGAGGGAGCAAUGUAUAGUGGCCCAUGCAGAAUUUUCUUGUAUUCCAGUCAUUCAAUCAUUUUUCCAAUGCAGGUCAAUUUCUUGUAGAGAUUAGGAUUAUAUAUAGACUUAAAAGUAAGACAAAUUUUGUAAUUAGUAACUGAAAAAAUUUUUUAUCUUCAACCAUUCUUGUAUUGCCUGUUUACAGUAUAGGCAAGCUGUCUUUGAUCAUGCCCUAAGCUUUUUCCUCAGACAAUUCUAAAAAGAUUUAGCCACUAACCUCAUUGAGCGAAAAAAUUGCACUGCAGUAUCAUUACAACAUUUGCAGAAAAUUGCCAAGAGAACUGGAAAAUCAAAAGUUUGCUCUUUGGAUUAUUGCCAAAAUUCUGUUCUCAAAACAUUUUCUACAGAGGAAACACAGGAGCUGGAUUAUGAAAAAAUGAGCUUAAUUUUGGUUUGAAAUCCUAAUUUUGAAGCAAAAUACAACCAUUCACCAAUGGAAUUGAUGGAAACUGUUGCCAAAAACAAAUCCGCAUUGUGAGUGAAUUUAGUCAGUGUGCCGCAAUACCUGACAUUGAACUUCGCCAUUUUCAGAAGCCCUGGCUUCAUUUUUUGUGUGUUUGAAUAUAGAAAAUGAAGUCCUUUUGAUCCCUGUGAAGAUA